AUGUCUCUUUUUUCUAUAAGCCUAAUUUUGGGGAUCCUUCCCCUUGCGUCCAGCCAGUUCCCUCGGUCGUGUGCUAACUCAGACAGCUUGCUGAGGAAGGAGUGUUGUCCAACGUGGCCCGGAGAUGGUUCUCCUUGUGGAGAGCUUUCAGGAAGGGGUUCUUGUAGAGAGAAUCUCCUUUCGGUUGCUCCUCUUGGUCCUCAGUUCCCUUUCUCUGGAGUGGAUGACCGAGAGGACUGGCCAGCGAUGUUUUACAACAAGACUUGCAGGUGCUCAGACAACUUUAUGGGAUACAACUGUGGCGAUUGCAAAUUCAGCUUUGGAGGACCCAACUGCACAGAAAGAAAGCUGCAAAUCAGGAAAGACAUCUUCAAGCUCAGCGCCAGAGAAAACUACCAGUUCCUUGCCUAUCUCAAUUUGGCGAAAUAUUCCACCAGCCGGGAUUUUGUCAUUGCCACUGGAACGUAUGCCCAAAUGAACAACGGCACCACUCCGAUGUUCCGAGACACCAGUGUCUAUGACCUUUUCGUCUGGAUGCAUUAUUAUGCGUCUCGGGACACGCUUCUCGGAGGCAGCAACGUCUGGAGGGAUAUUGACUUCGCGCACGAAGCCCCCGGUUUCCUUCCUUGGCAUCGGCUGUUUUUGCUCCUGUGGGAACGCGAGAUCCAGAAGCUUACUGGGAAUGAAGAGUUCACCAUACCCUACUGGGAUUGGAGAGAUGCUGAAGGCUGUGACAUCUGUACAGAUGAGUACAUGGGAGGCAGACAUCCCAGUCAACCAAACCUAUUGAACCCAGGAUCCUUCUUCUCUUCAUGGCAAGUCAUCUGCACCCAAUCCGAAGAGUACAAUAGCCGCCAAGCACUUUGUAAUGGAACAAACGAAGGGCCUGUCCUUCGAAAUCCGGGGAACCACGACCAAAGAAGAACGCCUCGGCUUCCAACUUCAGCUGACGUUGAAUUUUGCUUAAGUCUGACGCAAUAUGAAACUGGGACGAUGGAUAAGAUGGCUAACUUCAGUUUCCGGAACACUUUGGAGGGUUUUGCAAGCCCAAGUACUGGAAUAUCCAAUUUGUCACAAAGUAGCUUACACAAUGCGCUACACAUUUACAUGAAUGGCUCCAUGUCUCAGGUCCAGGGUUCAGCCAAUGAUCCCAUCUUCAUCCUGCACCAUGCCUUUGUUGACAGCAUUUAUGAACAGUGGCUCCGGAGACACAAACCCCUGCUCCAGGCCUACCCCGAGGCCAACGCUCCUAUUGGACACAACCGGGGAUAUUUCAUGGUCCCGUUCAUUCCUCUCUACAGGAACGGGGAAUUCUUCAUUUCAUCCAAAGAAUUGGGCUACGAUUAUGAAUACCUCGUGGAACCAGCCUCUCCUUUUCAGACUUUCCUCUCCCCUUACUUGGAACAAGCUCGUCAGAUCUGGCCAUGGUUACUCGGAGCUGCUGUCAUUGGUGCCAUUAUUUCAAUGGCGAUCAAAGGACUCAUCACACUAGGGACUCGAAAGAAGAAAAGAAACGUGGAAGAGACCCAGCCUUUACUCAUGGAGGAUGAAAAUUAUCCACACAUUACGUAUCAAUCACACUUAUAA